CCGGCUUCACAACCGGGCGCUGCGUAACCUCAACGAUGGGGCGAUCGCAGCACUCACAAGAUACUUCAACCAAUGCUGGAGAGAAGGCAAACUACCGAAACAAUGGAAGACGGCUCGCACGGUCCUCAUACCGAAGCCCGGCAAGCCACCCAACAUUGAAAAUCUACGGCCCAUCUCCCUGACAUCCUGCGUCGGAAAAGUGAUGGAACACAUCAUGCGUAACAGGUGGAACCGCUACCUCGAAGACAAGGGCCUCUACCCGGACGAAAUGAUCGGCUUUCGAGAGAAACUCAGUACCCAAGACGCCAUGAUACAACUCCAGCAUGAAAUCCUGGAAGUAUCAGCUCCCACUCACGACAAUAGAGCAGUUCUCGGCCUAGACCUGCAGAGUGCUUUCGACAAGGUACGCCACUCGGCAAUCCUGUCGCAGGCCUCGCGGCUAGGACUUGGACGAAGAUCCUACAACUACAUAAGGGACUUUCUGUCCAACCGAACGGUAAAAAUACAAGCGAGUAACCUACAACUAGAAGAAAAGACCCUCGGAAGCGUCGGCACACCGCAGGGCUCCGUGAUAUCGCCGCUGCUCUUCAACCUGGUCAUGAUCGGAGUUGCGGAGCGACUAAACGCGCGAGUCCCGCACGUCCGUUACACGAUCUACGCGGAUGACAUCACGCUAUGGGUUGCCGGCGUCAGCGACGGGUACAUCGAAGAAACGCUACAAGAAGCAGUGAACACAAUAGAAGAACAGCUGGAUGGCACCGGUCUCCGAUGCUCGCCACAAAAGUCCGAACUCCUGAUCGUCCCACCACCCGGGCGAUAUAGGAAGAAAGCCACUGAAGACUCGGAGAAGAUCGUGCUCCGAACCAGAGACGGCAUCGUCAUUCCGAAAGUCUCUAAGCUCCGUGUCCUAGGCAUGGUGCUCGAAGCCAGUAGGAGCAACGGCGUCACCGUCCACAAGAUCAUCACUAAGAUGGGUAUCGCCACGCGACUCAUCAAGCGAGUUGCGACCCGGCACAGAGGGAUGAAGGAGGCCAGCCUACUACGUCUGGUGCAGUCCUUCGCCAUCAGCCACCCUGCCUACGUAGGACAUCAGAAGGCUGCGCUCGGCUUAUUCAACUGCACGAGCACAGCCAAGCUGCUCGAGCUGGGGGUGCACAACACCCUCGAAGAAAUCGCAGAAGCGCAAAGAACAUCUCAGCGCGAGAGACUCCAAACCACACGAACGGGACGAAGCAUCCUGGCCAGACUAGGCCAAGGCACGAACACUACUAACAACGAAGCGAAGAGACAUCACGCCCUCCCGAAAAGGGCCCUCCGCCGACCGGUGGUGGCGCCCCUACCAAAGAACAUGCACCCGGAGCACAGCCAAGGCCGACGAGACGCACGAGCCAAGGCCCUCACUGAAGCACAUGCCAACGAUAACGGCGCCUUAUACGUGGACGCCGCUAAAUACAAAGACAAAGAAGACACAUACGUGGCCGUAGCAAUACGCGCCACAACGGGCGAAAUCUACAGUGCUUGCAGCGUCCGUGCGAAGCAAGCGCAUCAGGCGGAAGAAGCCGCCAUUGCGCUGGCCCUCGCCGACAACAAGUUUACAACGAUCCUGAGCGACUCGCGCACAGCGGUUCGGAACUACGGCAGAAAUAAUGUGUGUGCCAGUGCGGUGCGCGUUGUGAAGUGCAGUGACAGACAGUGCACCGACGGACUGCGGACUCGUCUCCGAUGGUUCCCGGCGCAUCAAGGCUGCUACUUCGGGAGCACCUCCCCAAACCGCAAUGAGACGGCGAACGCCGCUGCGCGAGGUCUUACUCGCCGCGUGGUGGCACCAGCGUCCCUCGUCUUAGCGGAGGGAGUAGCCACCGACGAUGAAGACGACGAAGAAGAAGCCGAAGUGGUAACGAGCUACGCGGACGUGCUGGAAUGGUACCGGAGCGCACGUCGCUCCAUGCCGGACCCACACUUGCAGCUCACCAGAGAACAGGCGGUACUCUACAGACAGCUGCAAACGAACUCGGUGCUCACGCCUGCGCUCGCGCGCUUCAUAUGCCCCGACGUCUACGAGAGCGCAAAGUGUAGUGUGUGUAACAGUGCGACCGCCACGCUAACUCACGUUAUGUGGGAUUGUAAACUGAAUCCAGAAGAGGCAGCGGCCUACCCAGGCAGACUGCCAACGGACAUUGCCCGUGCCGCAACGGCUCAGGACUCAGAGCAACAACUACAGGCGGUCCAGCGGAUCGAGACAGCUCUCGCUCGCCAAACGCGCAGGGACGCACCCGACGGGACCCAGGGGCGACAGCCUCGUAGAGAACGUUGGGUCCCCCGGCGUAAGCGUCGAGACGCAACUUGA